UUGCCUCUAACAAACAGGGUAUACCUGAGAAAGUGCUGCUACCAAGAAGCUGUGCUUAACUCUGUUCUUUUAUGUCUAGAAUUCCUUCCCAAGCUCUCUCAGGUUUUAUGUGGAUGUAGUUGGCCCACAUUGGUGCCAUUAUGUAAAAGGAGACUGCACAUUCAUUUCCUGGCCACCCAGACCCAAAUAAUCACACAGAAACUAUCUUAAUUACAUCACUGUUUGGACCAUGGCUCAAGUGUAUUUCUAGCUAGCUCUUACAUCUUAACCCAGUUCUAUUAUUUCAUAUUCUACCACAAGGCUCAUGGUUUGUUACCUUUUGCUUCUUGGGCAGCUACAUGGUAUCUGCCUUCUCCAGCAGCUAUAUGGCAUCUCCUUGACUCUGCCUACUCCUAACAUCUCUUCCAGCCUGGCUAUAUUCUGCCCUGCCACAGGCCAAAGCAGCGUUAUUCAUUAGCCAAUGAAAGCAAUACAUAUCAUCAUCACAGGACCACCUUGCUAAUCAUGCUUCUUGACGCCCCAUUGGUUUUGGUUUACUCUUCCCUCUGUCGUGCCAGGUGUGGUGGAAUCACGCCCCUUUCCUUGUAACAUGCUGAAGAAGGAAUGUGGUCUGACUAAUGGGGUGGGACACUCAAACUCACAGCAGAACGUUCUUCAGACGGCAUGAUAGUCCUGGCCUUCCUUUCUGUUUGAGAGCAGGUGUCAUCUACUGUGCGGCAGCAGAGGAAUGUAGCUGUGUGGUCCAUCUGCCACACCCAGUACCGCUGAUAUUCCUUGCCAGUGUAUUCUAAUUCUUGUCCUGUUUGGAUUUGCUGAUAGGAAUAGCAUGGUUGUAUCCCAUUCUUGGCUUCUGCAUUUUCAGUGACUGCUUUCCUGGCUAUGUCUCUCUCUGCAUUGGCGGUGGGCACCCAUGACUGCUGGUUCUGAUGGCCCCGCAGAGGGUGACCACUGUAACUCGUUUUGCUCAGAACAUGCCACCUCUGGGACUCUGUUUGAUGGGUCUUUGCUAUGAGACCGUGUAUUCCACACAACAAGCUGUCAUUGUGUGUUGUCCCUCACACAAAAUUCUUAGUAAUCUGGUCAUUUGCCUGUCUAUCGAGAUUCUAUGUAUUGACACCACAUCCAGCUUUUAAAAUUUUUAUUUCUUUAUUUUAUGUGUAUGGGUGUUUUGCCUGUAUGAAUGCCAUCAUCUGCAUGUGGAGGCCAGAAGAGGGAGUUAUGGCCUGUGGAGGCACAGGCAGUGGUGAGCUGCCCUCUGGAUUCCAGGAAUUUAAUCUGGGUCCUCUGCAAGAUCAGUAUUGGCUCUUAACUACUGAGAUAUCUCCUUAGAUCUAACCCAACUUUUUUUUUUUUUAAUGUAGGUGCAAGGGGUCAAAUUUAGGUUUUGUGCUUCUGUGGGAAACCCUUUGCUGACCAGGCCACUUCUCAGCAUGACCUUUUGGCUACUCAUUUAAUUUCUACAAACUAUUCCCCUCUAAUUAGACCAUAUUCUAAACCGAGCAUCCAGGGAGGAACUUGACUCAUAGCGGACUGUCACCGGAACAGAAUUCCUCCUCCUGAGAGCUUCUGUCUGGCAGGUGCAGUAGCACAGACACACACCAGUGACAUGCAGUUGCUUUCUCUCGUGCCCUCUGUUUCCACCCAGGGGCCUCUACUCUGACCUUGGGAUUGUAGAACUGGUUUCCAGCGUGACACACGUCCCUCUGUGGUGCAGAGUGCGCAGAGGUGACCUUAGGAGGCGUGGUGUGUGCUCUCUUCGAGUUGUGCCCUCGAUUCUGCGAUUCAGUGGCAAAACCCAGACUUCAACAUCAGCUCAGCAAAAACCCGAGCUUGCUGCUUGCUCCUAAGGAGCACGAGCGGUCCACUGUGGCAGGCCGGGAAAGUGGCACCACCCACAACCAACAGGUCUGUGUGCCUUUUACCACAGCUCCUUUGCUUUGGAAGUUUAUUCUGUUCCUUGCAAAGUGCCAGUAAAGAGACAGCUGCAGGCCAUUUGUAAGUGUGCUUUCCAGAGACCAGACUCCCAGCGUGCAGUCUAUGGCGUGAGCCUCGUCAAUUGCUGUUUAGAAUGUGUUUAUUUCUGUCAGGAGACAAACUUCCUACAGAAUAGUUUUGUUGUCAGUGGAUGGUUUGUUCACUGGUGUGCAGCUCACGCAUAGAAGCGUUUCCAGGGCUUGCUAACGUGGGAGGGUUUUGACAAACUCAAUUUUAAUCUUAUUAUGUGGUAUUUUCUAUGAGUCAGUGGAUCCCAAGCUAAUUCUACCAUGACUCUUUUGAACAGAGAGGGAAAAAGCAGCAAUGGUAGUAUCCACUGUGUGUGGGGUUGUGUGCAUCCCAAAUCCCUUCCCGGCGAGCAAACCCGAGAACAUUCCUACCCAUAAGUAGCUUUCACAGUCGGCCAAGCAGCAGAGCUUGGAAGAGGCCCCUGGUCCUGGGCUCUGCGGCACCACUGGCCUCGUCUAGGAAACCGGUUGCUGCUUUGAAAGAGUUUGGAUAUUCAAAAAGUGGUUUCUUUUCCACUCCCUUGGUUAGGAUGAAUUUGAAUUAUAGUCUUUGUCUCUAAGUUCUUCCUAUGAGUUUUUUAUUCAAACUCUAACAAACCCUCAAGCUUUAGAAAUGGCAUUUUUCAUACAAAUCACAAGAAUGAUGCUAACGUCAUUGACAGGAACAUGAUCCUUGUAUCAUUCACGGGGUCAGAGCUAAUUGAUUUUUAAAUUUAUAGUGGAUCGUGGUGUCAGGACUUUGUAAGAAAGGAAAAUUCAGAUUGUCUUGGUAGCAGCUUCGAUUCUAGAGUCAGGAAAUGGGAACCGGAAGCCAGACCUGCCCUCCUUUUGAGCCCUGAUGUUACAGUCACCUCUGCAGCCUCCUGCUCACCUGUGUGUGGAGGAGAGAGCCACACACCGCUAGAUGACCGCCUGGCCAAACCCUCUGUGCCCUUGGUCCUCUCUGUCUUGUCUGUCCAGGACACCUGGGUGUCCCUUGUUAGUUGUCUUCUUCUAUUGUUAGCUGUUCCUACACCUCAGUCUGGGGAGUUCUGGGGAUUUGGGGGUCAACUGCAUGCCAGUGAGUCUCACUCCAAGCACAUGUCCAAGGCCCAUGCGUGUUGGUGGGUACAUGUUUCUGAGAGUCAGGUGACCAGGUGAGCAAUAGCAGUAUGCAUGAAAUAGGCAGGGGCGUGGGGGUCUAAGCAAAUGCUACGGGAGCUCAGGAUGCGGGGCUAAAGCAGAGAAUAGCAGAACAAAGUCCUCCCCACUCCAUCCCAGAGGAGGUUGGGGGUUCCACAGUCCUUUGUCUGUGUGUAGUGAUUAUCGUAUGCUGAAAACCACCGCUGCCUUUCUUCCCCUAUGACAGGAUCCAGCUAUGUGUGGGACCAUGGGCUCAAGAUGGCGCUCCCUGUGGUGAAAGUCUUCUCAAGGGUUUUAACCCCGUUCCCAAAGCCAGGAGGCCUGUCAGUGCUAGCAGAAAUGUUUGCGCCCUGACUCUCACUCUCGCUGUCUCUCUCACAGAUACUCCUUUGAGGUCAGAAUGAUCUGUGAUCUCUGUGCGAAACCCUUUCUUUACACCCCCCCCCCAAUGAAAGAAAGAUGAAGUGCGUGGUUGUUGUUGUGAAAAAUCUGUCUGUCCGGUAAAAAUCACAUUCUGAAAUGUUUCAAAAGACAUUCAUGAUGGGAACAUUUCUGAGCAUUUAGACAGGAUCACCUGUCCUGGUGAGGUGGCAGCAAUGACUCCAUCACAAGCAUCUCUGCGCAGAGAUGGUGAGGUGUCUCGGGACAGUGUUUAAUAGAGGCUGCGCGAGCCUGGGGAGACACACAGGGGAUAAACGGCUUGCUGUGCUCUUGUGAGGACCCCAGUUCAAAUCCCCAGACACCCACAUAAAGAUGGGUGCGUUAGCAUGGAUCUGUAUCCCAGAGCCCUGAUGGGGAGAUGGGAGGUGGAGACAGGAGAACGUUUGGACACUCAUGGGCCAGCGAGCGCGGUGUUCACAGUACAUCAGCAAAUGACAAGGUGGAAGUGGGGACUGACCCCUGAGGUUGUCCUUCAGCCUCCACCAACAUGUCAAAGCAUCAUACAAGUGCCCAUCCUCACACACAUGGUCAUACACACAUGUAUAUCAUACACACACACAUCACACACAAUGAAACAUAAAUACAACAGCGUGGAGGCAGGAUUGGUGGUGGUGUAUGCCUGGAGUUGGAAGACUCAUGAAUUCAAGCAUCAUUUUUGGCUACAGAGUGAGUUCACUGCCGGCCUAGGCUACAGGAGACCCAGUCUCCCAGAACAGAGGGCUGCAGGGAUGGCUCAGUGGCCGAGAACUCAUGCUGAUCUUGCUGAGGACCAGAGUUCCUUUCCCAGCACCUACAAGCAUCUGUGAUUCCAGCUCAGGGGAUCUGACACCUUCUUCUGCCUCUGUUGGCACCUAUACGCAUGUGCACAUACCCUUAGGGAGACAUGUAUGUGUUCAUACAAUUGAAAACAAAACAUCCUUAGAAAGUAAACCAAAACAGGCAGCGUGAGCUUCAGGGCCAUGCGUUAUGCUACAGCUGAGCUCGGCUUCUCAGGCCUGGUUCCUCAGGCUUCCAUUUGCUGCAGCUGAGCUCGGCUUCUCAGGCCUGCUUCCUCAGGCUUCCAUUCGCUGCUUGUUAGCACAGUGGCCUCUCGCCUCUCAGCUGCAGUGAGAAGGUCCGCCAGGCAAGGGGACUCUGUCAGCUCUGCGGGCAUCGCUCUGCGAAGGUGGCAGAAAGUGGUGUCUUCUUUCAUUUUCCUCCUGUGAAGUUUUCAAACAUAAACAUCUAUACAUCCAGUCACACAAACAUGAGUACAUUAAUGCCUGUGUCUGUAUACAGACAUGCUCACCCAUAGGCCCCUCACACAUACAUAGUGCCUAGUCAUUCAUAUGUGUGCAUAUGUGCUCUUACAGAUGUAGGCACGCACAUCCAGGCACAUAUAAACACGUACGUUAUCUCUUGUAGGCAUGUACUGUUUGCUGGGAGGAGCUGCCAUUUAGGGCAGGGCUCUCUCCUUUCUGGUGGAGUCCCCCUUGGGCUUUCUUGCUCUGGGAAGGCAACAAGAACCACUAAACCAGUCUGCAUUUCCUCUGGUAGAAAUUCUACAAGUUGGGAAGAGAUACUAAAAAAAGAUCUAAGGAAAUAGAUACCUCUCCCGAAUAUGUCCUUGCCUAGUGCCCAGACCUGGGAUUCGGGAAGAUGAGGGGAACAUGUGUUCACAGAGCAUUGCGGGACCUGGGUUCUGGUUCUGGUUUGGAUACGGACACGCUUUUCUGGCCUCCGGGUCUCUCCCCUGUCUGCAGCUGUGGCUCUGAAACCUGGGCUUUGUCUUUUUUGUCUGGAGGUGUGAGACAGAACAGACCACGGGCAGCUUUUCUUCCUCCAGCUCUGCCGAGUGCCUGUGUUAGAUGUACCUGACAACCAUGGUGUGAAUCGCAGGGCACCUCUUCCUGCAGUCCAGGCUCUUGAACGAUAUAAUUGGCUUACUUUUGCUUUUCUGAUUCUAGAAACGCGUGCUUCCCCUGCCGGUUGUCUCUUGUCUGAGCUCUUGUUGAUUUCCACGGUGAGAGAGAUUAAUCUGGUGCUCCAUGGAGUAGGCAUUGAGCUCUCUGGAGCAAGGAGAAGUUUUGCCCUCUGCCUGCCUGGUGUUCUCAUCAGCAGUGUGGGCGACUCAGUCCCCUUUGGCUUGGGACUGUCCUUGCAGUGCCCCGAAAGGAAGGCCAGCUUUUAUUUAGCCAGAAAAAGACUACAUGGAGUCGGAAGGGGGUUGGUUUGGUUCCUGCUGCUCUGUCCACAGGACGGCUCCUGCGUACCUCUUACCUGGUUUUAGCUGUGCCCCUGGUGCCUUGGGCUUGCUUUAGCAUAUAGAUGUCAGAUUGCAUCAGAACUGCCUAUGUAUUUCUGUUUUCUACUUCACAGCAAAACUCUGGAAUAAGGGGUUUAGUCUUGUUCCUCACUUGGUAACUUGCAUAUAUUAAGUAUCCAAGACACUUUUCCUUAAGUAGCUAGUGACAAGUUAAUUGGGAUGGAGCACAUUUGGCAGUGGUGGGGACAUGGGGGUAUGUCAGCCUGAAAAUGUGGUUUCCGGGUGGACACUGGGUCUUUGAUGGUAUCCACCAGGGCAUGUCCACGGCAUGUCUGUUAGCUGGCACCUCAUGUUUCAUGGUGCUAGCCACAGCAUGGAUUCCUAUGGUGGAGGGGGUGCCAAGGCUGUCCCCUCCUCUGGAUCACAGAGGUGUUCUCUUGUCUGCUUCCCAUGGAAGAGAUGAACCCAUCUGUGCCAUGCUGAGGUGGCAGGGUCCCACAGAGGGUCUUGUGAUCUGCUCUUUAGUCGUCUGAACUCGUAGAAGAUCACAGUCAGAGGAGGGAGUGAAGCCCUGACCAGAGAGAUAGGAUGCACUCUUUACAGAAAGAGAAGCAUUGGAGACUAACACUUGCUCUCCUGCAGAUUGUCGGGAUUAGGCUUAUUAGCGGCAAACCAAAGACAAACCACAACAGAAACCACCUGGAGACUGCUUUCCAUUUAAACCUUUGUUAGGCACAACAACACAAGCUGAUGAUCCCGGCAUGAAGAAGGGCAAGGAAGAGGGUUGGGAGGGAGUCAAGGGCCAGCCUGGGCUAUCUACCUGGACUUUGUCUAAGAAACACACAAACAAGCAAGCCAACGAACAAACCCCCAAAACAACAAGAAGGAAUAAAACAAAACUCUCUUUCUUGCCUUUUGCUCAUAUUUAUCUUAAAUAAUUAAUCUGUGCACCUACAGUCAUUCUAAAGACAUAGCGGGGGUGAUAUUUUGGGUUAGCCUCAGCUGUGUGUUGGACCGCAUGAGCAGAGCUUACCGUAGAGACCUCGCGUCCUGGUCAAAUGCCUCGCUUCCUUUCUUGUCCUUGUUCAUAGCAGCUUUGGGACCCGGCGGUUUCGGGUCCACAAGGAGGCUUAGGUCCACGAACACCCUGCCUCCCCUGCUGAGACUUCCUUCCUUGAGCUUCCAAGUGCUGACUGGCCUAUAGCCAGUGGGAGAGGGCGGGAGAAGGAUUACUUCCUUAUCACAGGGAAAUUAGAUGUCUAAGCUAGUGAUGAAGUGAUUCCUUUGAAAAUAGUUUUUAGGGAAAUUGAACUUGCCCGCUACUCAUGGCAGGCUUUGGGGCCCUGGGAAGGAACCUAUUUUUGCGGUUAAUGGAUCUUGGCAGAAAAGGGUUUUAAACUAACUUUAGAUUUCUUUUAAAAGUAAUUCCCUCUCCACCGGCUUGUCUUCUGUUCUCAAAGAGAAGAGAAUUUUUAUAGCGCUUUUAGAACAGGCAAUUUCUCUCCAGUCGUUUGGCAGUCCCAUUAGCUAAGUUAUUUUUCAAAGUCCUACUAAGUGAUAGCAACGGUGUUUGGCUAACAGGAUCCAUGCAGGCUUUCCACCAAGGUGUAUGUGUGGAUGUGUGUGCACUUUUGCGUGCAUGCACCAUUGUGCACAGAUUUUUCUACAGCAUAUCUGAAAUGGGCAUGCAGGCACACCACAGCAUAGGUGAUCUCACUACCCCUGUUUUUCCUGACAUGGUUCCCUUAGGGAUGUCCCAGCAGAAUACUUUAAAACAUUAAAAAAAAUCUGUAGGCCUGUUCCCUUGGAAUAUAAUAGCCAGUGCUGCCCUGGGUUUUGCCUCUGUAUGGUUUCCAGACAAUUUCAGACAGUUCAGUGAAUUUCAGCCCACCCCAUCCUGAGAUAAAAACCUUUGGAAAGGAGAAUCGCCACCUAGUAGCAGUGUGUAGCUUUUGUAUGAAGGAAGUAGUUGGUCUUUCCUACCAAGUGAGUAGCCUCAGCUCAUCAGGGCCUGGAGCCUCUCACUCCCAAGGUGCCCACAGAGGUGGCCUGGGCGACUAGAGCAGCUCACUGCCUGGGCAGCUUGGAGUAGCAGUGAGGAGAUGGGCGGUGAUGCCAGGCUGGCUUCUCAGCCUCUUGGCCUCUUCCUGAUGGCUGACUUUGAGGUCUGUGGUAGUUUGAAUGUAAUUGGCCCUCAUAAUCUCAUAGAGAGUGGCACUAUUAGGAGGUGUGGCUCGGUUGGAGUGGGUGUGGCCUUGUUGUAGGAAGUGUGUCACUGUGGGGGUGGGCUUUGAGUUUUUCUAUGCUCAGGAUACUGUCCAGUGUCUCAAUUGACUUCCUGUUUCCUGUGUAUGUGUGUGUAUGUGUGUGUGUAUGUGUGUGUAUGUGUGUGUAUGUGUGUGUAUGUGUGUGUAUGUGUGUGUGUGUGUGUGUGUGUGUGUGGCCAUCCAAAGGCCACGAAGGUGACUUAAUAAAUACAAACUGCUAAGCAGUGGGGCAAAGAGAUGCCUGCAGUUUGUGUCUGUGCAGGGCCUGGGUGCCUUUGGACAUCAAUGAUGGGAGAUGUCCUUUCUGCUUCCAGCGCGUUAAACAAGGCUUAAUCCCCCCCCCCCCGCCCCCGCACUCCUUCUCUUUGCUUCUGCGGAUUCACCUUCCUUCCCCAUCCCUUCAGGAUCGAUCGCAGGGCUGAUCUGCGAUGGGGCCCGUCUGAAGCCUUAACUCCUCUCUUUUUGUCAAAGGAGGAUUGUCCUCCUCUUAAUAACUGCCCUGUCUUCACUGCGGCCAGGUGGGAGGCACGGAGAAGUGAGUUAGCAUUCAUUAUGCUUUCCCUGAAGGGGGCUCAGCUCUUGACUGAGAUGUUCUUGAGGAGUCUUAGUGGAUUCCUGCCAUCCUCUGUCUUCUGUGACUUUGAUGGCUCCUCGCCUCUGCCUCCCUCCUCGUGUCCCCCUAGUGAAGUUCUUGCUGAGCGUCCCUCCCCCAUAUCCAUCUUUUCUUCCCAGUGUAUAAGUGUUUUUUUUUUCCUUUUCUCUUCAACAGCAAUUUUAUAAUCCAUCCCGGUGAGUUCUAAUAGGUACUCUGCCUCAUCCCAUGCCCCUGCACCCAACAAAUUUGUCAGAAAAGAGCUGAAGAUGCAGGUUCAGGCAGAAUUAAACAUGGCUUGUUUGUUUGUUUAUCUACAGGACAAAUCAGAACAUUUAAAUGUUUCCAGAGAGGGGUUGUGUGGUCACCCCAUUUCUAAACUCAUUUCCUGUAUGGACCCUUAGGAUACACCCAUGCGGAACAAGUUUCAACAAAAUGCACGCUCCACCUUGCCUCUUCCUCUGUCCUCCUCUUCGGUUUUCCUCCUGCUUGUAUGGCCCCCCUCCUGGGUCCUCCUUCCUCCUCCUGGGUCUUCCCCUCCUGGAUUCUCCCCCUCCUUCUGGGUCCUCCUUUCUCCUCCUGGGUCCUCCCCCUCCUCUGUCCUCCUGUUCAAUUUUCCUCCUGCUUAUAUGGUCCCCCUCCAGAGUCCUUCCUUUCCUCCUCCUGGAUCCUCUCCCUCCUCCUCUGUCUUCCCUCCCUGUCCUGGCUCCUGGGUCCUCCCCCUCCUCUGUCCUCCUGUUCAAUUUUCCUCCUGCUUAUAUGGUCCCCCUCCAGAGUCCUUCCUUUCCUCCUCCUGGAUCCUCUCCCUCCUCCUCUGUCUUCCCUCCCUGUCCUGGCUCCUGGGUCCUCCCCCUCCUCUAUCCUCCCUCCUCCUCCUCCAAUUUUCCUCGUCCUCCUCCUCUAUCUUCCUCCUCCUUGGUCCUCCCUAUGCCCCUUUUCUGUUCCUUACAGGAUGUCAGGGUGCAUCCUGAGAUGAACAGUACCCUGGCAGCUGACUUGAUCGUUCAUUUUCUCUGCCUUUGCCUCAUCGAUGUGAAACCAAGUCCCUGUCCUUAAGAUCAUUCCUAAGACCACGUGUGUCCUUGGAACAGCCAGUUUGCCAGCCUACCUCCCAGUUCCCAGCCCUCAGUGUUAAACUGCCACCAUGCCUACCACUCCUGCCCCGCUGGCCUGGCCUGCUGGUCUUGUUCACUGUCUUCCAAGCCUGCGUUCAGUGUUGCUCAGGAGUCCUGCCACCCAAGCACCUACGGUGUGCAGCCAGGGGCAGCUGUGCGGGAGUGGUUCAUUCCUUCCUCUGCUCUUGUCACGGCCCCUCAUUCAUUCACUUCUUACUGGGGAGCUGUCACCAUCCCUAUCACCGCUCAGAGUCCCACUCUCCGAGAAGCAUCUCUCCCAGAAGUCCUCUAAUGGUGACCUUCCUUGGCUGCUGUUUGGACCCCGUGAGUGCUAUGGCCAGACUUCCUUCGAGCUGGGAGGAAUCACGGAAGAUCCCUUGUUCUCUUUGCUCCCCGUGGAACCUUUUUGGGGAAUAUCAUUUCAGAGCUGCCUGUGAGGGUCUCCUGGUGACCUGUGGGUGCAGCAGACCGGGAACCAGUAGCUGCGUGGUUGUCUGGGACGAUCUUGGCUACAGUUCAGCUUCUUUCUGCCCGCGAUGAUCAAGGGUUCCAGUUCCAGAGGCUUCUGUGGAAGACGGUACCUGGAAACUACAGAGAGGGAAAUGGAACUAUGAAGAAGUCUGUGGUUGUGGCGAGCUUCACAGCGCUGUGCCUCUUGCUGCUGGCCAUGCGCCUCGUCAAUGACAUGAAUUUCCCUUUGCUUCUGAGCUGCUUUGGACAACCCGAGACAAAAUGGAUCCCACUGCCCUACACAUUCAGGCAGCCUCUUCGGAUUCACUAUGGAUACAUCAAUGUGAGGACCCAAGAGCCUUUGCAGCUCGACUGUGACCACUGCGCCAUAGUGUCCAAUUCCGGUCAGAUGGUGGGCCAGAAGGUGGGCGAGGAGAUAGACCACUCUUCCUGCAUUUGGAGAAUGAACAACGCCCCCACCAAGGGCUUUGAGGAAGACGUCGGCCACAUGACGAUGGUUCGCGUCGUAUCCCACACCAGCGUUCCUCUUUUGCUAAAAAACCCUGACUAUUUUUUCAAGGAGGCAAGUGCCACCAUUUAUGUUAUCUGGGGCCCUUUCCGCAACAUGAGGAAGGACGGGAACGGCAUUGUGUACAACAUGCUGAAAAAGACAGUUGAUAAUUAUCCGAACGCACAGAUUUACGUGACCACAGAGCAGCGCAUGAGUUACUGCGAUGGUGUCUUCAAGGAGGAAACUGGGAAAGACAGGGUCCAGUCCGGCUCCUAUCUCAGCACGGGCUGGUUUACCUUUAUCCUGGCCAUGGACGCCUGUUACAGUAUCCACGUCUACGGGAUGAUAAAUGACACCUAUUGCAAGACAGAAGGGUAUAGGAAAGUCCCCUACCAUUACUACGAGCAAGGGAAAGACGAGUGUAACGAGUAUCUUCUCCACGAACACGCCCCCCACGGGGGACACCGCUUCAUCACCGAGAAGAGAGUGUUUGCCAAGUGGGCCGAGAAGCACAGAAUAAUCUUCACACACCCAAACUGGACCAUGUCCUGAUGUUGUCUCCCCUGAUCGCGGCACUGCAGCUCUGAAGAUGACAGCGCGGGCAAGGUUGGUCCUGACCACUCUCUGCUAGCAAUCUGGACUCGGCGUUCUGUGGGAGGGGCUCCCGUUCAUUCUCUUCUCUCUGGUGGUUCAGCCCUACGUACUGCACUUUAUGACUUACCUAUCGAAGGCCAAUGACAUGGCAGCUGUGACUACAGAAAAACAGGAAGAUCGUCUUUCAAGCUAGCCGCUCAGAAUUCCUGACAGAGGCGUCUGGAAGGAGACGGAUGUGGCCUUCUCAAGCAAGGUCACUCAGUGUGUGGGCAGCUCCACCAUCUUGGAAAAAUGGCUGACUACCAAACACUGUCCCAAGUAAUUCCAUCAGGGUAUAGAUAUCUUGCCACAGUUAGCCUGAGAGAGGGCAGGCAUCUCUCUUUGCUGCCGUCUUCCUUCCAUACGUCUCACAGCUAAAGCCUCAGGCCACCUACCUGAUUAAAUGUAGUAAUGAAGGUGUUGCGUAAUUCCUGCCCCUCGGGAUUACCAGACUAUCUCAGACACUUGACUCAGAAGGUAUCAAGUAGCAGGCAUUGACAAACUUUCACUCCGUCGGCUAUGCUCUUCCUACUCAGAACAGCGUGACUAAACAUAUUAGACCGAUUACCUACAUUAAUGUUUAUUUUUUGCUCGAGUACUAAAUAUUAACGUGCUAGCUGUCCAGCGGCAGCACUGUAGAAACACAUACUGUGAAAACAUCUCUGAAACGUAACCAAAGGGUUUCCUCGCUCUGCUUCCACACCCAAUUCUGCAAAAAACGAUGCGCUUCGUGACAUCGUGAGACAGGGAGAGCAGACCAUAUUUUUGCAUUAAUUUGUAUCCUACCAUAUUCAUAAUAUAUAUUUUUAAAUUCAAAUUUCUAUUUUAUAAUCCCAAGGCGUGUCUCUUCAUAUACAUUAUCAAUGCCAAGUGCCAAAUGUUAGACAUGAAAGGUUCUUUCAUAUCAUUAAAUCCAACCGGAGCUCUUGCCUUUAUGAGGCUGAUCGUACCCCCCCACCCGUGUAUCAGGUGUUCUGCUAUGACAGUAAAAUGGUGAUGAACCUAAUUCCCAGAGUGCUUUGUCAAUUGCAGUCCCGUCACAUAUGUUCUGACAUGUGACACCCGUGACCACCUCGCCGGGCUGAGGCCUGCACAUUCUGCCAUCUCCAGCAGCUGAUCCACACUGUGUCAGCUGGGUCCGUGCGUCCCAGGUUGCUCUACUGUAGAAUAUCUAUAUAGAAUAGUAUUUCUGUAAAUGAUUGAGUUCUCUACCAAAUAUAGCAUAGCGUACCAAGGUUAAGAGAAAGGACCACAAGGAUGGUUGUGUCCUAGAUCAGUAGCCCUAUAAGCUUAGAUAGUUUUGAUUUCUUUUUGUCAGUGGCUUUGUUCAGGUGGUGAGUAAAAAUGGGGGCUCAGGAACAGCAGAAGCAGAAAAGCGGUUUCCCAUCCCAGGCCUGACACAACUUCACUCUCUGUACACUCGGUGCUCCUUAAGUAUCAGAGGUUGACUUUCUCAGACUCUACUAAGCAUCCAUGAAUAUCUUGGCGCAAUGAUUCACAAGCCAAAAGCCUGGCUGAACUUGAUGUAUUUGAAGCUGGAAAUCCGAAUCCACCUCAUCUGCUGAAUUGUGGCAGAUCUUUCCUAGGAAUAAGGGUCGUACUCAGUCACUAAGCUCCUGUCCUCCUCUGCCCGUUUGAUACUCCACACCCACACCUGUAAGUGUUCCCCGGCCCCACCUUCACUGCUGGAGAGAGACUGGUUCUUCUUUUGUUGUUUGUUUAUGUGAGUUUUUGCAGUUCUGUGAAUGUUAGUUUUUUAGAGUGGAUUGAAAUGCCCACUUACAGGAAAAUAAAUAAUGCCCUGGUAAAAUUCUAAUGGAAGCUGUUGAUUUUCUCUCUGUCACGAUACAAAAGUUCUACCUUCACGUAAAACAAACCCUCGGUUAAUCAGAAUGCUUCCAGGAGUGGCGUAGCUGAUCCAUGUCGCCGUCUACUAGUGGAGGCCAACUCUGUUUUGGGUGCUCACUGAUGAGAAACUCAAGAACUCGCACUCCUCCUUCCUAUAGCUUUUUCUCAAGUGGACUUUGGCCACAUCCUCCCUCACAUUGUGUGUGGAAAAGGCAGGCUCUAUCUAAUGACAGCCAGCUAUGGGAUGGUAAAGUGGGACAUGAUCCCCUCUCCCCUUCUAUCCUCAUUCUCUCUUCUCCUCCCCCACUUCUCCUCCUCCCUCUUUCUCUCUUCUUGUUUUGUCUCUUGAGGAAACAAAAAGCAUUUUAUGGUGACCCAGUUGAGUUCCUUUGCGAUCAGUCAGGGCUUUGACUGACUCAGGAUCUGUUUUUCUCUGUAAUAAUAAUUUUCUCUGCUUCCAUUUCCUGUUCCUUUCUUCCAGCCUUCGUUCUGGUAGAAAUGCAAACUCUCAUUUCUCCCGUGUGAAGAAGUUUUGCUUCUUGGACUUGCUAAGAGAGGCAAAGGGUCAUUCAGGGAGACUCUGUCACACACAGUUCCAGUCAUCCCCACAGGUUCCUGUCCACUGAGAGACUAUCCCCAUCCACGCAAGGGGAAGCUAAAUGAGCUCACUCAGCACUGGUGCACAGCUAUCCUAUGUAUCAGUUGAUAAUUGUGAAAAGAAAGAUGUUUUGGCAUCAUCUAAUGUGCUAGGCAAAUGGACGACAGAAAAUGACCGUAGACUUCUGCAAUCAGCAUACAUGUCUGCCAUUCAAAACCACAGGCCAGGCCUGGAGAGCUGAGCUGACACAUCGAAGCACUGGCUGCUCUUCCAGAAGAGCCAGUUUGGUUCCCAGCAGUUCCCUGCAUGCACUCAGGCAGUCACAACUACCUCCAACUCCAGUUUCAGGUGAUGCAGUGACCUCUUCCGGCCUCUGUGGGUACCCACAUACAUGAGAUACAUGCACACAUACAUGCAUAUGCAUAAACAAACAAGCCUAUCAGUAGCAUGAGUUCUAGUGACAUAUUACUGUAUCUGUAGAUCAUUACCUCAUUCAGCCGUCACAAGGUAAGCUUCUUCCUGCAGUGGAUGGGAAUUAACAGAGUCCUACAAGUGGACAGUGCAGAGAGCGAGACUUUGGAACAUUCAGUCAUAAGACAUAUUAUCUCUAAUCCUUUGGAUAUCUUGAAGAACCAAGGGGAAAGUUAAAGGGUUUUAACAUCCCCUUGAAGUUAGCCUAUCUAUAAGUCAUAUUGAUGUACAUUUUUAUGAUAAAAAAUGAUUUUGUAUUCGUGACAAAACUAUCCAAGAGAAAGCAAUGGGGAAUUUGAGGGUAUGUUUGUAUAUAUGAUCAUGGAGUCCAUCUGUGCAUGUAAUAUGUGAACAUGUAUAUGCAUACAUAAAUACUUAAAAUUAUAUGUGAA